CUGAGCUGAAGGAUCGAUCAAUCGAUUCUUGACUCGACAGAAGAUUCGGCCCAGAAAUUGGGAAGGCGCACGUAACAUGGCGGGUCCUCUUCAGCGGACGGAUCGCGCGGCUGCACAUUUCUCCCCAGAAAUUCGUGCACCACCUUGUGAUGCGUGUUUUGAAGGCUCCGGAUGCACAGCUCAGCUGUCAGCUCGCUGCGAGCUAACCCAUCCGUGCUCAUCCCCUUCGAUUUCGUGAACAGAAUUUGCAUUGCAUUGCAGUUGUAGACCGAUCCAUCGAUCGAGUAGGACUCACGGCCUCCGAGGCGAGGAGCUAUGACAGGCCCACGACAAAUUGUCUUUCAUAGAAACUGUCAGUCGAAUGACUGCUGACUGCGUCUGCGACGACGAGUCUGCACGAAGACUACCAGUGAUGACGGGAGGACGGGAAGGAGCUGAAUCGUAGACGAGUAGAAAUCGGUGGGUCUCGAUGGCGAGUCCACCGAGGAAGAAGGGGUGUCCGGCGAUCAUGCUGAGUCUGACUUGUGCCAUAAUCGCGUUCUGUAUCGUGGGAUGGCACAAUGCGGAGGUCCUCGGAACUUUGUGCGCCCUUCCUACACCCGAGCGGCCGAGGUUCGAGCCACAGGCGGCGCAAACAUCAGACGGGAAGUGCAACUGCACGCUGGAAUACGAUGCUUCCAGCGGCGCCAUCAGACCCAAUGUGAGCUGCAGCUGUACCGAGGAUGCCUGCUCUCCCAUCGUGACGGAGAAGAUCGUCGUGCGCCAGGAGAUGCCUCCGAUCGCAGACAUGGUGCGAGAGAUCGUCAAGGAGGUGGCCAAGUCAGGCAACCUCUCGUCCGUCGAUGAAUCGGCGGACUCGGGCUCUGGGAAGAAAACGCCGAGGAAGAGCGAGAGUGCGGAGGACCGGCCCGAUCCUCCCCCAGAGAAGCCCAUCGUGAUCGAGCACAAGCCCUGGUUCGUGGAGAAUAGAACAUGGCACUACCCGAUGCGCUUGCCGAGGUGCUCCAUGGACGCGUGCUUCAAUUUCUCUCGAUGUGACGGCGUGGACGAGCUCAAGAUCUUCGUGUACGACUUGCCCAGCCCUCCGGUCCGAUACUUCUCCAAGAUCAACGACACCAAGUUCUUCACCGGCGACCCGGACCGAGCGUGCCUCUUCUUCGUCUUCCUCGAUGCCCCGGGGCCUUGGAAUCCCCACCCCAAAGAGCUCGCGCACUGGAACGGCGGAUUGAACCACGUUCUGGUGAGCUUCGCGGACAUGUGGAAGCAGAAAGGCCCGCCGCAAGAAACCAUCGGCAUGGCGUCGAUCAUGGUCUCGGACAUGCACGAGACCACGUACAGGGCGGGCUUCGACAUCAGCAUUCCUCUGCCGGCGAACUACCAUCUGCACGAGUUUCUGGAGCUGCGGCCGUUCGAGAGAAAAUACUUCCUCACCUUCCGAGGCUUGCGGUACCUGGGGCACUCGGGCGAGGGGGUGUUCCGAAGCCACGACUCUUUCCGCAAUCUUCACAACGGCGACGACGUGAUCGUCGCCACCUCGUGCAAGCACUUCAUCAACGAUCUGAACCGGGAAAAAGAGCCGGCUCUGGGUGCCCACUGCGACGACGACGAGAAGAUCCACGCCAACACGACCUUCAAUGAUCUCAUGAACUCCACCUUCGGCCUGGUGCCGGCCGGAAUCCAGCCGGCCUCGUACAGGUUCAUCGAGGUGCUGAGCGCAGGCUCCGUACCCGUGCUCAUUGCUGACAAUUACGUCAAGCCCUUCGACACUCUCAUUCACUGGCACAAGUGCCUGAUUCAGUUUCCCACCACGGAGAUGCACAGGAUCGUAGGCUCUCUUCGUGCAAUCCCCAGGGAACAUGUAGCCAUACGACAGCAGAACUGUCUCACAAUCUAUCAGGAGUUUCUUAAAGACGACUCCACGCUCAUGAAAUCCUCCAUUCGUGCUCUGAAGGCGAGAUUUAUGGGCGUGUUCCCGGCACUAGCAGAGUUGACGUAGGUUUCGUCUGUCCCGGUGAGUAGGAUAGAAUCGUCCGCUUCACUUGAAGCGGACUCCAUCGGCAUGUUUGGGCUACGAGCUUCUCCUACAGCUCUGCAGCUCAGUCCUACACUCCUUACACACUUGCCGUAUGCGUAGCGAGGUUUCACCGGUCUCGAAAACCCGAGUCCACAAGGCUACGCAUGUGCAUGAGAUUGUACAUUUACUGCUCGUCUCAGACAAGUUCGGACGAGAAAGGCUUUACCAUAGUGUUGGGAUCAUUUGACACGAAGUCUGUGCGACAUAUAAAUCACCAAUCGAGAUUUGUUUACGUAGGAAAGCAUAAAUUAAACUGCAUCUGAACUGUAAACGACAACCUCAAUCACCUCGGCCCCUUUCACUUUCUGUCGAUGAUAAGGUUUUUGUUGAAAAAUUCCGUGAUUUGUUCCUUCGUCGAUGGGCAAUGGCACAUGCCGUCACUAUAACAUAUCAUCUGGUUCUUAGAAAGCUAACUUCGACUAACUCCCGUCUGUGAAGAGCUACGAUUGUGUAAAGCGACGUGCGACAUCAAGCUACUACCUAAUGCUGAA